CAGAGGCGCCGCCGCUGCAAUCCCUGCGUCUCCAAGCAACAUGGCUGACAAGGCCAAGCCCACCAAAGCUGCCAACAAGACGGCCCCCAAGUCCCCGGGGGACCCCUCAAAGGACCGGGCGGCCAAGAGGCUGUUGCUGGAGUCAGAGGGUGCCGGUGAGGGGGCAGCCAAGGCCCCCGAGCUCAGUGCCCUGGAGGAGGCCUUCCGGCGUUUCAUGGUGCACGGGGGCACCAGGGCCACCGGGAGGGAGAUGCACGGCAAGAACUGGUCAAAGCUGUGCAAGGACUGCCAGGUAAUCGACGGCAGGAACGCAACGGUCACCGACAUGGACAUCGUCUUCAGCAAGAUCAAGGAAGGUGAAGAAGGAGCUGGACCCCGACGACAGCCACUUGAACUUGGAUGA